AUGUCGUCAACACGCUCUGCAUCUGCGUUGGCGGGCGCUUCGGCGUCCGCUCGCGAGUAUCAUGCCAACCCGACCUGGAAGUCCAAGAACGAGGCUCAGCAGGUCGACUAUCCAUCCCGAGAAGCCUUCCACUCGGUCAUGAACAGAAUCGAGCGUCUCCCAGGCCUCGUCUCGCCCAACGAAAUCGACCGUCUGCGAUCGCAGCUUGCUUCCGUCGCUGAGGGGAAUGCCUUCUUGCUUCAAACCGGUGACUGCGCCGAGCUCUUCGAUUACUGCAAUCCAGAACAGAUCCAGGCAAAGCUCAAGCUUUCCCUCCUCAUGAGUCUCAUCCUCAUUUGGGGUGCUCGUAAGCCCGUAGUUCGAAUCGGUCGUAUCGCAGGUCAAUACGCAAAGCCACGCUCCAAACCCACCGAGAUCAUCACCAAGAUUGACCCCGUUACCGGAGAGGCUUCCAAGCACGAGAUCAUGUCGUUCCGAGGCGACAACAUCAACGCCUUCAGUGCAGAGCCCGCCAGUGGACGUAUCCCAGAUCCUGAGCGCUUGCUCCAGGCCUACUUCCACUCGGCUGCGACUCUCAAUCACAUUCGCUCCGAGCUCGCCAGCGGUUUGGCUGAUCUUCAUGCUCCGCGCCAAUGGUCCUUCCAGCAUGUGCAGUCGAGCGCUCUUCAGGCCGAGUUUGAGUCCGUCGUCGAUUCUCUCACAGACGCACUCGACUUUAUGAAGACCAUUGGCGCCGAUCCCAGCACUUUCUCCUCCAGCAGUGUCCUCAACUCGGUCGAUUACUUCAUCAGCCACGAAGGUCUGUCGCUCGCCUACGAGGAGGCCUUGACUCGCCUCGUGCGAAAGCCCACGCCAGCCAACCCCAACCCUGCGCGCAACCUGCACCCGUCUGAUCUGGAAACCACUGCUCUCAAUGGUGAAAUCUUGGAGCGAUACGACCUGUCCGCUCACACCAUCUGGCUCGGCGACAGGACAAGGCAGCUGGAUGGCGCACACGUCGACUUUUUCUCUUCCAUCCGCAACCCCGUCGGUGUCAAGGUGGGCCCGUCCAUGAAGCCAGAGGAGCUUAUCGAGAUCCUCGACAUUCUCAACCCGGAUGUUCCCAUCCCUGCCGGCUCUUCGUCGGGCCGCACGAGUGGCUGGUCCACUCCCAACGGCGCACCUGGCGUCGUGUAUGGCAAAGAAAAGGGCCGAGUCAUGGUCAUCAUCCGUCUCGGUGCAUCCAAAGUCGCAUCGCACCUCCCGCCGCUUCUCGAUGCCAUCGCUACCAGCAAACACAGCGACUCAAUCAUCUUGCUAUGCGAUCCCAUGCACGGCAACACCCAAACCAGCCCAUACCCGCUCGCCUCGUCCGAUCCCAACGCUCAGCCGCUCAAGACGCGUUCGUUUGGUGACAUCAUCUCCGAAAUUCUCUCCUUCCUUCAGAUCAUCUCGUCCGACUUCCCCACGCUUCAUCUUGGCGGUGUUCAUCUCGAGCUGACCGGUGACAAGGACGUCACUGAAUGCUUUGGUGGCUCUAUGCGCUUGGAACCGAAGGAUCUGGAGCGAGGCUACAAGAGCCAUUGUGAUCCAAGGCUCAACUUUGAACAGUCGCUUGACGUUGCAUUCCUCCUCUCGCACUACUUCCGCAACCAGCGCCUCGGCAAGAGGCAAGGUGGUGGUGCUAGGACCGAAGAGGAGAUCAAGAAGCAGCAGGCUAUCAUUGCGUCUGGUUCGGGCGAUGAAUUGCUCGCCGAGCUCAUCUGCGGCAUCACCAAUCGUCCUCAGUCUCUGUGA